AUGGCCGAGAGUUUAGGGUACUCAUUACAUCACAACUACAAUGAGUGUGAAAGCCAGGCAUCGGAAGUAAGGGAAGCUCUGAGUAGCAGGAUCAGUGAUAUACUUGGGAAUUCAUCUGAAAUGGGGGUCCUGAAAGAUGGGCAAGUGGUAACAAAGCUGUUGCAUAAAGCUAGAAUGAGAAUAUCAGUCCACCUCCAGAUUUGCUUGGCAACACCGGAUGACACUACAUUUACUGAGACAUCAAUUUCAGUAUAUGAAAUUGAUCAGGCCGCACUAACUAUUGCCCAUGCAAUGGUCAAUCCCAUCAAUGUUGAUUGGGAUGUGGAUCGAUAUGCUGACAGGGUCAAGUUGUCACCACCAAAUCGGGAUGGGUCAGCAACCUCCGAACUGGAAAGGCUCAAGAAGUACUUCCCUGAGGCAGUGCUCAGCAAAAUUUCCACUCCAGCCACCAUUGUAGACAGGCAUGGCAGAAUCUUGAUGGUUUACCUCCCCAAUAUUUUGUCACCUUCUCGUCUAGGGCUGAUUAAUAAAUUAGGACGAUUGAUAGAUCCUCUGGUAACGUCAGAGUCUUAUAACUCAAAGGAGGUCCAAAAACGGCUAGCAGCUUUGACAACAUCAGAAUUUCUAUGGAACUCCAUUACUGCAGCAGUGGCACCGGAACUUUUUGAAUCAGGUUUCUCUGCAUUUUCCAAAGUUGUCAAGGAAGUUCAGCAGCAAAAAAAUAAUUUGGCUCUGGUGGAUUCUUGGCCCUCUAUCUUUUCAGGGUUGGAAAUUAUUGCCAACCGAACAACCUUCAGCCACAGAGAUCCUGGUGGAUCUCCUUCACUUUUUGAUCUUCUGGUCAGUUUAGGUCGAAACCAUCAUGCAACUCUUUCUUUGGCCGAUGUCCAUGCAGAGCUAGACUAUUCGCCUGGUGCAAUGGACUAUAUUGCUGGUAGGGUACUGGAGCACUCUACUCUCAAUUUCAUGAGCUCGCAAAUCACACCAAGGAAUAGAAACAGGGUCAGAGUCCAGCCAUCUUCAUCUGGAACUCGCCCAUCAAAAAGAAAAAGAGGCGCUUAUAAAUAUGCAUAUAUCCCUUCAAAAACACGGAGGGGAAAAGAUUUGUGGAAAGAAGCUAAUGCAUCAUUUGUCUAUGAGGACUCUGAUAGUGAGAUAGAAGUGGCUUCACCAUCAAAACAAAAGAGGCAUCACCAUAUUGAAGAUCAUACACCGGUGGAAUACGACCAAGAGGUUCAUGGUGAUUUUUGGAUGGGAGGCUUGGAUGGUAUGAAAAGAAAAACAAAAACCCAAAAUGAUUUCCUUCGAGAUUACUUGCCUUGGCGCACUGAAUAUUUUUCAGUGUUAUUGGAGUUAGAGCAGCUGGUCAAUGAUGGGAAAUGCAAAGAUUGUGAAGAAGGAGAGGGGUUGAUCUGGUGUUUGUCUUGCUCAGGGACACAUGCUUGGUGUCCUUCUUGUGUUGUUAAAACUCAUCAACACAACCCCUUCCACAACCUUCAACUCUGGAAUGGCAGGUUCUACAAGACUACUACCCUGCAGGCUCAAGGGUAUAUCAUGUAUCUUGGCCAUGGGGGGGAACCAUGCCCCAAUAUCUCACAUCAGCCAGACCCAUCUCCCUGGGAAGAUCUUGGGGCCAUGGAAGAUGUGUUUGCACAGGAGGAGGGGGAUACAAUUAAUGAUACGCAGUUAGGAGUAUCUAACCUGGUCAUUGUGCACUCUACUGGUGUUUACUCACACAGUGUAUCAUGGUGCCAGUGUCCUGGAGCUGAGAAGGCACGGCAUCUCCAUCUCAUGAAAGCAAGGUUAUUUCCUGCCAGUAUCACUCGCCCUCAAUCUGCUUUCACAUUCGAUGUCCUGGAUAACUUCCUCAUAGAUGCUUUGGAGUGCAAGACUUCAGCCAUGAGUUUCUAUCAAAAGCUCCGUCGGUUCACAAACAAUGCAUUCCCUGAUAAAAUACCGGACAAAAAGGACCGUUACCGUGAACUUAUAAAAAGGUUUGGGUUUGGACAUGACACUGAACGAUCCCCUGGUCCAGGGGAUUUAGCCCUUUAUUGCCCAGCAUGUCCGCAGCCUGGAAUCAACUUGCCGACAUCUUGGAGAUAUGACUAUGAAGAGUGGUUAGCUAUGCAAAGAUAUGUGGUCGAUGGAAAUUUAACAGCACAACAUAUGAAAAUGAAAAUUCCGGAAGACGAUGUUUCUCUAGCAGAUGGAAAGGGAUACAUGAAAUCCACUUGCAGCAAUCAUCGGGCAGUGAAUGCAGCAAAUAUCCAAAGCAGCAACCUAAGAGCUACAGGGGUUGGGGCAACAGCAUGUGCUAGGCAUGGAUGCUUUGUUCCUCAUGCAGUGGUAGACUUCCAAAAGGGAGAGCGGCACAUGAACAUGGACUAUUCCAUUUGCAAUGCAGUGAAAUAUAUGCCCGAACAUAUUGGCAGUGCGCUCAUCAUCUAUGAUGUUGCAUGUCAGUGGAGUAUUCACUUUGCUGAAUGGGUGGACCAGAGCUAUCAUCUGUCCCUUCCUGAGGGGACUGAAAUAUUGCCCGCAAUUGGCAAGUUUCAUUUGAGCGCACAUAAGCUUCAAUGCUUUCCUAGGUUCAGCCUGAAUUUUAUGACUGGAGCCGCACAUAUUGAUGGGGAAAUAUUGGAGACACUCUGGGCUCCUUUCAACAAGAUUUCCCCCACUGCGAGAUCCAUGUCUUUGGCUCACAGACAGGAAGUAUUGGAUGACCAUAUGCGGGAUUCCAAUUGGAAGAAGCUGUCAUUACUCAAAAAGUAUUGCCAAGCCCUACAGGGUAUUAGUGACACUCAGGGUCCAUACGAGGAAUUAACCAGAUCACUUGAUUUGGCUGAUGUUCAGGAGUGGAAAAAGGCAGCCGAAAAAGCAGCUCAGGACCAUGGAGAGCUUCUUGACAUCUAUCAGCUUAAAAUGGACAAAGCACCCACUAUGGCUGAAAUACGUCUCAGAUUGACCGAAAAUGAACUUUCUGCUAAUGGUAGGACUGGGUCUGUUGCAUGGUUGAUUGACGGUAUAAAUAUAGAAAAUGCUCAGCAGCUGCCCCAGGAUCCGACUGCUUCUCAGAGAACUGGGAUAGAAGAAAAAAGGCAGAAGCUCAUGGCACGGAUUAUUAAGUUCCAUGAGGCUGCAGAGGUCAUGACUAAUGGUAUGGAAUUGGAGGGAGGUGAAGGAGCACCACUGGACAACCCUGAACUGUGCCUGGAGGAGGCUGGCAUAUCCAGUAUGGAUGAUCCAGAGGAAGAGGAUAUUUUUGACCUUGAGGGUAAUACUGACUCACCUGCAGAAGUCACCGAGAUUUGGAUGCCAUCAUGGGCAGCCUCUGGUCACAUCAUGGAUGAUGUUGUCUUGGCAUUACAUCAAGAAGAACUUGAGCUUCGAAAGGGUCAAGCAAAUGACUGCCUGGAAAAGCUCUGUCAAGCCCUGGGUGAUAGAUCAGUUGUGUUUCGGGAGAAAAUACACUCCAACAAAUCAGUCCAUCACCAGGGCACUAGAUCUAAAAGGGAACUUCAAAAGAUAACUCUCUCCAUCAACAGACAGGCCCGAGGUUACAGCCGGGCAAGGGCUGCAAUGCUCCACCUAGGGGCUGACUCUGAUACAGUGGCAGUGUAUCAACCCCUAAAGCCUCAGGACCUAGUGGUGAGCAAAGAAGUCACAGAAGAAAACAGGCAUGGGCAGGGUUCAGAUAAAUUGGCUUGGUUUUGGAGGAUCAACAAUGCAGAGGACAGUCAGAAGAAUGUAUGGAUGAACGAGUUUUAUCGUGUGAAUUGGUUGAAAGCUAAAGCACGGUAUGACUGUUGGUCAGAAGAACUGAAAUUGGUACAGCAUGAAAUGUUUUGGACCAUGUCCUGGUUUCAGACACAGGAGGAGAGGUGGAGAGUUCGGGCAGAUGAAAGCAUCAAGAAUGGGAAUAGGGCAUAUGCUGAGAGGCAGGCAUCUAUGUGGGCAGAAUUUUCAGCUCAGGGUCUCAAGAAUUUUGAAGGAAAAUUACUUAUAACAAGUUGA